UGUGAGGGAGGUUGAGUUAAAGGAGAGAGAGGCAGCGGCUUUGGGAUACAGCGGAGUAGAGGAGAGCGCGAGAUGCUGACAGAUUCCUGAUAGAUGUGCAAAAUGGCGCAAGCAUGUUCGACCUCAGAGAGCCACCAAUUGUAGCCUAACUACGAUGAGGAGCUGGAGUUAGUUGGAUGUCUGCCCUUUUCCUCUCGUUUUGCCCCAAGCUGCAUUCUUCAAGUAGCCUAUCGGAAUAUAAACAAAGUGAUUCAAUGGCGACCAGAAGGCGUUGCCUUGUUCAAUGCUUUUUGGGGAUACUUCUUAACGCUUUUAUCGGUGUGACGUGUGAGGCGGAGCUCUCCUUCACCCUGGAGCCCAGUGACAUCAUCGCCGUGCAGCGUCAGCCCCUCAUGCUGCACUGUCAGGUGGACGGCUUCCCACCAAUCACCACGCAGUGGAGGCGGAGCGGCCUUUUAUUGGCCCAAGAGGACCAGCGUCACACCACCUUUGCCAAUGGCUCGCUGCUGAUUGGCUACUUCCAGAAGACCAAGUCGGACGGCUCGUCGGAUGAGGGGGACUACGAGUGCAUGGCGCAGAACUCCUUCGGGCUGGUGGUCAGCCGAAAAGCUCGGGUCCAAGCUGCCACAAUGGCAGACUUCCAUGUGCAGCCACUGUCUGUGCAUGCGGAGGAAGUGGGCAUGGCCAGGUUCCAGUGCCAGAUCCACGGUCUGCCAGAACCAGUUAUCAGCUGGGAGAAAGAUGGCCUUUCAGUGGACACCUCAGAUGAGAGGUACACUCUCCUGCCCACAGGGGUGCUCCAGAUCACCGGGGUCCAGCAGGGGGACAGCGGAGUGUUCUGCUGCGUGGCGCACAACAGUGCGGGGGUCAAACACAGUAAUGGGGCGCGCCUCACUGUCUCAGGCUCUCAGUCUUCUGUUUACAAAGAUCCCAUGAUCCUCGUGGGUCCAGAGAACCUCACUCUCACUGUUCACCAAACCGCCAUCUUGGAAUGUGUUGCCACGGGUUACCCCCGUCCAAUUGUGUCCUGGAGCAGGCUUGACGGUCGUCCUAUCGGCGUAGAGGGCAUCCAGGUGUUGGGGACAGGGAACCUGAUGAUCAGUGACGUGGGGGUGCAGCACUCUGGGGUGUACGUGUGCGCCGCCAACAAACCUGGCACCCGCGUCCGCAGGACGGCCCAGGGACGACUGGUGGUCCAAGCACCAGCAGAGUUUGUGCAGUCACCCCAGUCCAUCUCGCGCCCGGUGGGCACCACAGCCAUCUUUACGUGCCAGGCCCAGGGGGAGCCUGAACCCCAGCUCACCUGGCUGAGGAACGGAGAGGUGCUGGAGCCUGGAGGACACGUCAAACUGAGGAACAACAAUAGCACGUUGACCAUAAAUGGAAUUAGCCAGGAUGACGAGGCAAUCUACCAGUGCAUUGCUGAGAACCGUGCUGGCUCUACCCAGGCUAGCGCCAGGCUGACGGUGCUGUGGACCGACGGGCUCCCCGGCUCCCCCAGCGAGGUGCAGGCUCAUGCCCUGUCCCCCACCUCCAUCCAGAUCUCCUGGAGAGAACCCAACCAGAACACAGAGGACAUCAUUGGAUACGUUCUGCAUAUACGCCGGUCCACAGACCCAGUGGAAAUGGAGUACCAGGAGGCGGUCUCCAAGGCAACGCUCCAGCAGGUGGUGGGAGAUCUGGAUCCUUCCACCAGCUAUGUGUUCUACGUCAAAGCCUACACGUCCCGUGGAGCCAGCAAGCCCUCCAGCGCCGUCACACACAGCACCCUGGGGGAGGUGCCUGCCCCGCCAUCUCUCUUCACCAGAGUGGUGAGUAGCAGUGUGGUUCAGGCAGUCUGGGAGCCAUCCAAUAAGAUGGGGCCUCACCAGGGCUUCCGGCUUUUCUAUAGGAGGGCUCACACACCUAUCUUCACUGGACCAAUCACCUUCCCCCGCAAUGCAACCCACUACAACAUCAGUAAUCUAGAUCCAGCACUUGUCUAUGAGAUCAAGCUGCUGGCGUUUAAUCACCAUGGAGACGGCAAUGCCACUGUGCGCUUCGUAUCUCUCAGGGAGGCUGUGGAGAAAUCAGUCCUGAACACGCCGUGUGACUGUGUGAAGGAUGACCAGAGUAAGUCCUCCACCACUGGCAUCAUCAUCGGCAUCCACAUUGGUGUCACCUGCAUCAUCUUCUGUGUCCUCUUCCUGCUCUUCAGCUACCGCGGCAGGUUGGUGAUGUGUAAGACGGUGCAGGCAACACCCCAGACCGUGCGUCACUUGGGAGAAUCCUCCUCCUCCUCCCAGGGUGCACCUGGGCUAAACGGGGCCACCAGGGGUGUUGCCGAGGGCAAUGGCAGCGUAGCCAAUAAAAGAAGGGGGGACACUAAUGAGUUGGAGAGACUCUUCUCAGGCCCCUCCCACUGUGGAGAGAGACCUGAAACACACAUGCUGGACAACUCCCUGGUAUCCUGUGUGCUGAACGACACCCAGGUGUCAUCUCUGCCGCUGGAUGGCUUCUGCCUGGAGGGAGAGGCUGAGACGCAGUUCCAGCAGCCACCAACAGGGGGCCAAUGCUGAGAGGCCACACCUUGGGGUGGACUGCCCUCAAAGGGAGACCCUGUUCCCUUGGGAAGGCUCUGCCCCCUCCUGUGCCCCUAAAGACUGUUGUCCUUCACUCAGGUCUACAGCUGUUUCCUUUCAUAGUAGUUGUACUUUUUUUUGCAGAGAUUUGUAUUAUUGGUAAGUCAAGUAAGUAGGUCCAGGAUUGGAGGACCAAUCCUGGGCAUGUCCACAACCCAGGACCACGGUGAUGGACAUCUUGGCGGACCAAUGAAAGUGUUUCUUCCUGUUUCUGUUGGUUUGGUACUUUCUGGUUUGUGGCGACCGGCAGCACACAGAACACAGGCCUGGAACGUCCAGUUCGUCCCACUGGACUUAUUUUUUUUAUAUCACUCUAUCUCCUUAAGUGGUUAUGAGUUCUGGUCUUAUUUGUACUUCCUGUGUGGAUGUCCUACCAGUGACUCCGCCUGUACCGUCUGAAGACUGGCUCUUCUCCCAGGGAUUGGGCGUGUCUGCGUCCUCUGUCUCAGGACUUUGUGUUUCCGUGACACCAGUGUAUUUUUUUUUUUUAUGAGUUGUCAGCCUUCACACAGGCACUGGGCUCCACGAACCUCAACUAAAACCUACCUCAGCCGGAAUGAAUGUGUGGCGGUCCCUUAGUGUUCCGUUAUUGUUACGAACUCGGAACGAUGAAUGACCGCGCGCCGUCCUACCUCAGCUGUCACCGUCGCUCGCCCGCUUCACAGAGAGCGCCAAACAAAAAGUUGUUCAAAAUAAAGAAGAGUAAGUCCAACGUAAAGCACUUCCAAACGCUUAAAUGUUCUACCUCAAGAGAAAACAUGUUAUUAUUAUUAUUAUUGUUGUUGUUGUUGUUGUUGUUGUUUUUUUCCAUAAUAUAAUGAUGUUUCUGCCGUAAGACUGCCACCAAGGGUGGUCAGAACUCUCUGCUGUUGGACGAGAACAACAGCACUCCACUCAGCUGGCCAAUCACCACAAUCCCCGCAGACUUUAGACUUAGAUCUUUGAUUUGUUUGCAUACCAUAGGAAUAGUGUACAUGUAGUUUUAUUAAGUUUUUAUUUGGAUGUUUAGUUAUUGCCUCUUGAUUUCUAAGACUGUUGUGAACUGUAAUGCUGAUGACGAUGUUCAGGACACACUUGUUCUUCAACUCACACCGGUACUUAAACUAUUGCAUGUGUAUGUGUGUGGGGGUGUGUGUGUGUGUGUAUGUGUGUGUGUGUGAGAGGAAAUGUUUUAAGAUGCAUUAAGAGAAAACUAAGCACAAAUGUAAUUGCCUGACAGUCAACCACCUUAUGGUCCAGAACAUAGCAGAGAUCAGGCCUGAUGAGCAGAGCCCAGAAUGAUGCAUCAGUACCUGUCUAUAAUUAACACACACCUCCAUAGAUGCUGCUGAACGCUAGAUUUCUACCAGUCACUGCCCUCACCGUCCUUCUCCUCCCAUUCUUCCCUCCCUUCCUCUCUCCUUCCUUCCUCCCUCUCUCCCUCCAUCCAACUCUGUCCCACUCACAUAUAGAGCUCUGAAGCAUGUUUCCACGGUAACCUACCUCAACCCAGAUGUCCUGCUCUCAGGUUGAACCCACUUACAUAUUCACACACACAUACAGUAAAAUAUCUCAUCAGGGCCUUUUCCAUCGUGCAGUAUAUGUUACAAAGACAGUUGUGUUGCAUCAUUAGUUGCUUAGUUCGUCAUUGUUUAUGAAUGUAAUGUUUCUUACAAUAUUGUUUUUCUUGAAUUUGUUUAUCACAAUGGUUUUUUUACGUUUCGUUUUUCUUACUCCUAGCCUUGAGUGUCUUUGAUACUGUGUGUGUUUAGUGGUGAAGACCUGCCCCCACCCCACCCAGAUGCUGCUUCAGUAGCUGGUUGUAAAUACAAAGCUGGAUUUGCAGCUCAGCCUCAGGUGCCACUGUCAUCUGCUGGGCCACACUCCACUCUGGUGCCAACCCCCAAGCCCCUGUGUGUCUGCUCCCAGACCAGCCCUGUGUCCAUCACAGGGCCAUGCUGCUGUGUGGGUUGGGGGGGGGGGGGUCUGUUUGGUGUUUGGUGCUCUUUAACUGUCUGUAUAUUACUAAGACUGUUGUGUGUCAACUCUGCAGUACUGUCUGGAUGCACACAACAUUCCAGAGAGGGGAUUACCAGCGUCACUGUAGAGGCUGGCAGCUCCUUCUGUGUGUUAUGCAGUACAGACACACAUACAUAAACAACCACAUGCAUACAGUCACAGACAGACUUACACACACAGUCACAGACACAUAAAUGCAUACAUUUCAAGCAUACAUUUGCUGUAACAAAGUUAAUCUAUCUUGUUGGAUAACUUUCUAAUUUUCUCAUGCAAAUAUUGGUCGUGUUUAUUAAAGCUGUAUUGUAUAUUAUGGUAUGUUAAGUCAGAAGUGUUAGCAAAUAAUACUGGUAGUGGUGUAGCUGCCUGUGGUGCUGCCCCCUACAUGUGCAUGUAGGAACUGCCAGGGGCAUAUGUUUCCAUGGCUGGUGCU